CUUUACGAGUUUGUCUCCCCGAGCGCCCCCAACCUGCCCAGCAGACGUGAAAUUGAAAAGCUUCGCCGUGAAAAUGGCCCCAACACCAGACAUCUAACAGUCACCCACAAUGGUAAAAAAUUCUUCGUCAAGUAUAAUUCACUGCAAGUGGAAGAGGUCCGAAAUCAACAGUUCUUCUUCGAUCAGAUUGCCAAACGAGCGGAUUCGCCCAUUCGCAUCCCGGAAAUCUACGAGGUCUUUGAGACCAAACACGAUGGUUAUAUCGUUAUGGAACAUAUCGAUAUAGACCAUUUUGCAUCGGAUAAACAGCGAUCCACUGCUAUCACUGAGCUGGUCACUAUAGAGCCCCCACCACAUGCUCCUCUGGGACCUAUUGGCGGCGGCCUGAUCAGACAUCACUUCUUCGACUUUAUCGAUGCGGAGGCGCCUGUGGUCUAUGACUCUGUGGAGGAUUUAGAGUCUCAUAUUAAUAGAGUACUCAAGGCAUUCAAAUAUCUAAACCAAGACCUUCAGCAAGUCCACCUCACUGAUGAACGGCUGGUCUGCUACUACUCCGAUCUCUAUAAAAAGAACUUUCCCGUCGACAAGAACGGUCAGCUCUGGGUGGUGGAUUUCCAUCACGCCGGGGUUCUCCCGAUAAGCUUCAUGUCCUUUACGCUCGCAUUACCGAUCCGCGACCCGAUCCCAUUUCCAUAUCGUAAUAUGAUCCCCAUUGAGCACACCGACAACUUCAAAGCUAUGCGUAAGGCAUCUUGGUGUUUCAAGACU